AUGUUGGGCAGGCUGCUUAAUACCGCUGCCGCAACACUAAACCCUGCGUCAUAUGCCAACCGCAACUCGAACCAGCUCGAGUCUGUGACCGAAGAGGAACACACCUCAGGACUCCUCUUCCCAGACGUGAGCCUUCUUCAGCGAUCUAGGACUCAUGCUUACCCGUUGCAGACCAGCUCUGUUUCACCUAGCCUAUUCUCAGCUGGUAGCUUUGAUGAUAAUGGUGGCUUGGAACUUGAUUCUACGAAGGACCUUAGAGUGAUUAUUGCCCAAAAUGCCAUAGGGGACCGUGACGAUCCGUGCAUUCUUCUCGAUACUCAGGCACCUCCAAAGACUGAAAAGCCCACACGACCGUCUCUAGACCGUAUUUCUCCCGAAAAGCCACGGUCACGACACACCCGCACCUCGACGCUCCCUCGGAAUGGUGGGCGGACUUCUCAUCAUGCACCGCGUGCCUCGGUAUCCGAGCUACCUCCACUGUCGAGUUUCUCUAACCAAGAUGCCGCGGCUAAUAGUGCCUUUUUCCGUGCACGGAAUCGGAGGUCCACGUUCUCUAACUCGGCGGGAGAUGAUGAUCAGCAGCAUGGGCGUCUAUCUGGGGACUCUAAUGAACUUGGAUUAUUGAAUUGCAUAUUUGGAAGCAGCGCCUUUAGCUAUCGUGGCCCUUCGACCAAAAUGCAUAUCGUCCCAGCGGACGAGAAGAAACCCGCAGAGGAUUCCAACGCUGCUCUUUCUGACCCCUACCGGCGCACCCUUCGUCGUGCGGAUACGUUUAGUGGCUCCCCGAGGAGUGCCAGCCAGACUCGUGAACGAUUCAGCAGUGAUGCCUCUAGAUCCUCUUCUGCAUCUUUUUCUUCAAGCGUGACAGUAUUGGUGACAAGAAUGUUCAGUGUCAACUUACCAGAAUCGUACGGCAUGCCAGCUGACACUUCGAUGCCUAACUCAACAACUCCAUCGUCGCCUUACACCCCGGAAUUCAAAUUUUCUCCUCGUGCCAAGUCUAAAAAGAUCAAAGAGAAGAAGACUCCAAUGUAUGCUGUUGCAAUAACAGUCCGGCUCCCCAUAACAGCAAAGAAUAGCGCUCGUCAGCAACGAAAUCCUUAUCUCCAGGAUUCAGCCAAACCUUGCGGUGGAAUGUCGGUGUCACUCGACUCUCAUCCAAAAUGGUCUUUGUUCGACGAGGCAUCCGUAUCGACUACUGGGUCGAGCAUAGAUGACAGGAUCGAUUUACUCGUCGACUAUUGGGAUGUCAUUGCACGAACAUUAUCACGUCUCGAGAAGCUUGCAAGCAAAGAGAUUCUGGAACUUUUAAAACAAACUGUUCAGCAGACAACGAAUCUGCCGAAGCCAGCAAAAGGGCCAAAUAUGCAGAGAACUAACCAAACAAUUGUACAACUCAUACCUAACUGUCUGGCUCAAAACAAAUUACUCCGCGAUGAGGCUCUCCAUGCGACUUUCAGGGUCUGCAUGGCUCUUAGGAUACCUCCUGUUGUCUCGGGUCAAAGCCGCUGGGGUGUCUGGAGGGAAGAGGCCCGGUGGAUUGCCCGGAGCUUAAGUGAGAAGGAGCACAAUUUUUUCUUCUUAGUCCUCAUAACCGCCUUUCUCGGUAACCACACAGAAUGGCUCAGCCUCCUUGGCCCUGACUGGUAUCGACGUCGUCACUUUCUUCAACAACGGGCUCAACAAGACAGUGAAUUGAGCAUCUGCAAUAGAACAGUAAUCAUUUCAACUGAUAAAAUGGCUGCAAGGCGCUUGAUAUUUGUGCUCUCCGCGUUCCUACCACCUCACCAACGUACGGAUCCACUGGCCUCACCUUUACGACCAAGCACGUCAACAUCCUUCCGCCAAACAUCUCAAAGUCCUCCAAAUCCAACCAUAUUUCGACAAGAAUCGCUGCGCCGAACUAUAAACCGUCGUGCUCGAACACGUCAGUUCCCUCACGAGCGUGGUGGAGGCAAACGAUCUGCUAGUGUGUCUUCCAAUGAGACGUCUAACAUAGUACCUGAUGAGCUGGAGUUUAGCAAAUCCCCCAUAAACCAAGCACGACGUGGCUCUGAUGCCCGAUCUAUGAGAACUUCAAGUUUAUCUAUCCCACCCGGAGGCGUUGCUGGACCAAUGAAAAGUGGCACGGCAUCGGCAGCAACAGCUGCACCAGGCACCGCAACUCCAGUCCCACACUUUGCUUCUCAGCCAAGGAAACAAUAUAGUGCCCGCCAUGAAUCGCAAGAUUGCAAAGGAUCUGCUUCUGCAAACUUACUAUUAAAUUUGCAAAAAAGCGAGAUAUCGGCCAACGUUGACCAGCAUCAGAGUAAAUGGGGGAACAUUCUUUCUGGAUUUUGGAACUCUCGGGACGAUGCGCCAGCAAAUGGAGGUGCAUCCAGACCUCGCAGAGCAUCAACACAAGUGAUUGAAACUAAACGUCAGCCACCUGCCAUGUCAGCCAAAGUAAAAGAAAAUGGAAGUGCGACUCUGGACAAUGUAUCCGCGACAACUAGUGAUACGAUAUCCAUACCUACUUCUCUACCAGCGCAAACGGAUAGCAAAGAAGAUGCCUCUACUCUGGAGAGUCGGCAACCCACAUCCCCUGUCAAACUUUGUGUAAAGCCGGUUGAAGGCAUUGUUGAUGUUGAGGUCCCGUUGCCUGGAUUCAUGUCUUUGUCAUCGUCAAAUGAUUCCACGUUAACGUCACCCAAAAAGACCCGAACAUCAAUCACAAGUAUUGAUUGUGAUGGCUCUUUCCACAGUACCAGUCCAUGGUCUUAUAAUAAUUACAAAGACUGGGAUGGCCCUGGCGUCAACGUCGCCGGUUGGCUCAAAUAUUAUCAUGAAGAUUUUGCUCUCCAAGCUGUGCACCCAUACCCCGACCUUGAAUCUGCCAUCAAACGCUCCAUGUCUGCUGAGCGUACUCCCAACCUUGCGAAUUUUGGGCAACCUUCAUAUUUUGAUGGUGGGUCCGAACGAUGGGUUGAUGUCUGCUCCACCCUUGUAGCAGAUACGAGGACAUUCACUGUCAAACGAAUUCGUUUGCGCCGCAAGAUAGCAACUGUUGACGAUCGAACCACAGAGUAUUCGCAUACGCCUUCUCCCCAGUUCUCUUAUCAACCGUUCAGCACUCAAGCCGACAGCUCAGAUACUACGCCGACAUCUACUCUGCGAAAAUCUCAACCAUGUAUCGUGGAGGAAGAAUUCAUUGAAGAGCCAGUAAUGGACCUAGAUGCUACUCUCGUUGACGCUGUUGAACGGGUUCUCGCCUGCUCCGGACCUACAUCUGCUAUCCAUUCUCGUGCUCCUUCCCCAAGUCGGCUUCGUAAAGGGCGUAUAAGCGUAUUGCCUACGGAAGAUAGCAGGAGAUACAACGAUACCAACAGCCGGCCGGAUGUUCCUUCUGUUGAGAUUCCACGAAAUGAAUGUCGCCGUAUGGUACUUGGUGCGCUGGAUGAGGUGGUACGCAGCGUUGCGGCUGAACACCGCCAAGAUGAAACAAAUGUUGGCCCUGACACACAUGCAGGGUUCUCCAAGCAUAACCACAAGAAAUUAAGUGGUAUUACCGAUAACACUCUAAGAGAAGGUAUACGCAAGUGGCUUCAGGAUAUUGAUGAGACUUGCUGA